UUAGCGCCCACUUGUGGACUUAACGAAGUACUGAGCUCUUGCAUCAACGGAUACUGCGGCCAUAGAAAUUGCAGCGAACUCGGAGGACCAAUAUUAUGUGUGGAUCCACCUCCCAACGGGUGUAUCAAGGGCUGCGUCUGCGCCGAUGGAUAUCUGCGAGCGGAUAACGGAACUUGUGUCCCUGAAGACCAGUGUGGUUGUCGCGGCGAUCCAAAUGCAGAGAAAGGAUGUGGUUACCACUGUGGCAAUACUUGUACCACCUACAAGGGCAAACAUCCGAUCUGUCCCCGUAUACCUUGUGAACCUGACGGCUGCGAGUGCAAAAAGGGAUUCGUGUUUGACACUAAUCUACAGCAAUGCGUCUUACCAGAGGAUUGUACACUUAUUUGCGGUCUUCACGAACAAUUCAGCUCUUGCACCAACGGAGGAUGUGGUCACAGGAACUGCAGUCAGAUUGUACAGCCAGUACUGUGUAUAGACCCGAUCCCAAGCGCUUGCAUUAAGGGGUGCAUCUGUGUUGAAGGUUAUCUGCGAGAUGACAAAGGAAAAUGCGUUCCUGAGAAAGAAUGCCCUUCAAAAUGCGGACUAAACGAAAUAUACGACGUAUGUCCCGCCCCCUGCCCGCCCAAGAAGUGCAACGUCAACGAAGCGGUCAUCAGAUGCAAGGCGCCGCCCAAGCCGGGUGACCCUGAGUGCAAACCCGGAUGCCGGUGUGCUGACAACUAUUACAGGAAUGCUACAGGAACCUGUGUGCUGAAGAAGCAUUGCGAAAAACCAUUGCCUUGCCCAGACAACGAGCAGUAUGAUCCUUGUCCUAUGAUCUGCCCUCCUCAAGAAUGUGGCGUUGACCCAGCCGUGAUUCUAUGCAUGCGAAACCCAGAAUAUGGUGAUCCUAGAUGUAAACCAAGCUGUGUGUGCAAGGACGGAGAACUACGGAACGAUGCCGGGCAAUGCGUUCCCAAAGAUAAAUGCCAAACGGAAUCUACAACAAAUUCGGGAUCCGGCACUGAUCCGAUACCAAUCCGGCACGGAUCCGGCACCAGUCCGGGACGGAUCCGGUACGAAUCCGGCAUGGAUCCGGAACUCAUCCGGCACAAAUCAGCCCCAAAAUGCGGUGAAAACGAACACUGGAAGCAAUGCUACUACAGCUGUGGCGGCAACCAGACUUGCGACGAUAUCGGCAAAAAAUGGAAUUGCCCUGCGAAACUGAAGUGCUUGAGCGGUUGCAGGUGCGAUGAGGGUUACUGGAGGGACAAGAACGGCAGGUGCAUACCGGAAAAACAAUGUCCAAAACAAUGUGGUAAAAACGAGCACUGGGACACAUGCUACCUCAACUGCGGCGUCGGGCAGAGUUGCGACGACGUCGGGAAGGACUGGACCUGCCCCGACAGGCCGCCAUGCCAUGUCGGCUGCAGGUGCGAUGUAGGACACUGGAGGAAUAAGAAAGGGAUAUGUGUUCCGGAAAAGGAAUGCCCUAUACAACGCUGCGGCAAGAACGAAUAUUGGGAGCCUUGCAUUCAGGACUGCCGGAACCAGUCAUGCAACUUGUUGGGCAAACCGCCGGGGAGCUGCCCUGGUCGGAUAGUAGGACAAUGCAACAGUGGUUGCAGGUGCUUGCCCAACCACUACAGGGAUUGGACCGGCACUUGUAUUCCAGAGAGCGAAUGUCCCAGAUGUAAACAAUGGAACGAAGACUGGGUGCACUGCAUCCAAGAUUGUUCGAAGCAAACUUGCGAAGAGCUGAUCACGGGCAAAGUGAACCAGUGCCCUAUAAAACCAGGAGGCAUAUGCCCCGGCGGUUCUGGGUGCCGAUGCGUGCAGGGUACUUACAGGAAUGCAACUAACAUUUGUGUGCCUAAGGAAGAGUGCCAACCCCCAGCAAAAAAAUGCGGUAGAAACGAGCACUAUGAGCAAUGCUACUAUAACUGCGGCGGCAACCAGACUUGCGACGACAUCGGUAAAAAAUGGAAUUGCCCCGCGAAACAGAAGUGUCUGAGCGGUUGCAGGUGCGAUAAGGGAUACUGGAGGGAUAAGUACGGCAGGUGCAUACCGGAGAAACAAUGUCCAAAAGAAUGUGGUAAAAACGAGCACUGGGAUACAUGUUACCUCAACUGCGGCGUCGGGCAGAGUUGCGACGAUGUCGGGAAGAACUGGACCUGCCCCGACAGGCCGCCAUGCCAGAUCGGCUGCAGGUGCGAUGUAGGAUACUGGAGGAAUAAGAAAGGGAUAUGUGUUCAGGAAAAAGAAUGCCCUAUACAACGCUGCGGCAAGAACGAAUAUUGGGAGCCAUGUAUUAAUGACUGCCGGAACCAGUCAUGUAACUUGUUGGGCAAACCGGCGGGGAGCUGCCCUGGUCGCAUAGUAGGACAAUGCAACAGUGGUUGCAGGUGCUUGCCCAAACACUACAGAGAUUGGACCGGCACUUGUAUUCCAGAGAGCGAAUGUCCCAGAUGUAAACAACAGAACGAAGACUGGGUGCACUGCAUCCAAGAUUGUUCGAAGCAAACUUGCGAAGAGCUGAUCACGGGCAAAGUGAACCAGUGCCCCAAGAAACCAGGAGGCAUAUGCCCCGGCGGUUCUGGGUGCCGAUGCGUGUGGGGUACAUACAGGAACGCAUCUAAUAUUUGCAUGCCGAAAGAAUUAUGUCGUAUGUACACAUUUUUUUUACUAGCUUUUAUUUAUGAUAACUUUGGUAAUGUUUUGACGUUCUACAUGUACUACAUGGUGGCAUUGCCCCACAUUGACCAAAUAAUAUGUAAGUACUCGCCGUUAGAUGAAAGAAUCUUUAAAAAAUGA